CCUGUUUACACCAAUCACUGUUUCCGGUGGCCCUCCAUUUCUAUCAAACAGGUCUUUCCGGUUGAACUUAAAUUAUUACAGAAACUAUGUUUCGAGGAAAAUAGAAAACAAAUUCUACAUAAAGUUCUGUUAUCUACCUGUUUAACAUUCUUUCUUUAGCAACAUUGCUGGCAUCUAUCUACUUAAAGUGCUGAUAUCUAUCUUUAAAAACAAACAAAGAAUUAUCUACCUUUUUUUUAAAAUUGCUGUCAGUUACCGUUAUGAAAGUAUUAGUAAGUGCCUAUGUGGAAGUGCUCUUAUUUUUUAAAUUUUAAAUCAGAUUAUCAAACAAAGGAACAUUUGAGAAUAUCUCAGAAAUGCAUUUGAUUGUCUUAUUCAUAGUUCUCUACCAUUGCUUUGGUACCCCAGGUGUGGAAGGAGCCUCAUGUACAACAUCCUCAACAUGCCAGACUACAGACUACACUUUGUCCUCAUGCAGCAGCAACACCUGCGGCUGUCUGAACUCCUCCUUCGUAGCUAUACGUUCCGGAUGUGGACUCCAGCUGGAUAAACCCUUGAUAACGACGGGUAUCUACAGCAAUCAAGUGAUACUGGGUCAACCUUUCACCCUGUCAUGUUACACUGACGGAGCAAGUACUUACGAAUGGAAGAGAGGCUCAACUGUACUUACCUCUACAGCCAACACUCACUCUGAAACAGCAGCCAGUUCUUCGAACGUCGGUUCCUUUACGUGCCAAGGAAAAGGAGUAGAUUCAGUUUUUGUAUCGCCAGUGAGUGACAGUCUGACCUUGACCUUGUUGGGAACAGGAGCAACAACUACAUCAGCUAUACAGCCAAUCCUAGUUUUGGAUGUGACUACACCUGUGCUCAGUGGCGCAACAGUGACACUGUCUUGUACUAAUAUACCUAUAGGGUACACACCUGCCGAUGUUAAAUACAAGGUCAAUAAUGUAGCUAUUCCUGGUACUGGUACUCAUACUACUGUGACUAUAGACUCCACCAAUGCAGGUAAAGAUGCUAUCUGUGAACUGACCACUCCAUCUUCAGUUGUGACCUAUACAAGUCCAACCAGUGCUGCUGUUAAACUACCAACUUUAGUCACCAACAUCCAGUCUGUCAGUGUGACCACGUCUUCAGGCCAGACAGUGACGGAAGUGAUAAGUUACACAUCAGUCCCACUGACAUGUUCCAUCUCACCUAGUGCCGCUUCUGUGACCUAUGUCUGGAAAAAAGACGGGUCGGUUAUAGACUUAGCCACGUCUCCAACAUAUACAGCUACAGUGUCUGCUAAUUACACUUGUACAGCACAGAUCUCUGGCCAAUCAGUUGUGCCAUCCAGCAAUCAGGUCAAAGUGACUACCAGUAGCAGUUCUCUCAAAAGUAGCUCGGACAUACCAGUCAAAGGUGGCCGUGUCAUACUGACAUGCGGAGAUAUACGCACUGAUGGCACGACCUAUUCAUGGACCAAAGAUAGUAAUGGCAUAGUCCGACAGUUUGACCGCAGGCUUCAAAUAGACAAUGUCGACACUGCAGACAACGGAAUAUACGCAUGUGAAGCAGUUGGCAAUCAGUUUUACAUGAUCUCAAACUCAAAGACAUUAACUAUGCAAACUACUAUAUCAAAACCGUUCAUUUCAUCAUUCGGAUCAUUCCCAUGUGGUGAUCGCUUUGGUGAGAAAGGCGACUACUGGCUACUGUGUGUUACCUCAUCAGAGACUAUAGGGAUGACCUACGAGUGGACAGUUAAAGGCGUGGUGUCCACUACAGUCACCAACAAGUAUUACAGCCUACCUUCUAUAACAAGUCUCAACAAUGGCGACUAUACUUGUAAAGCCAAGUUUGGAAGUGUAACCAGCGACUCCAGUGCUACAAAAACAAUUACUGUUACAAAACCUGGCUUGCUCUGUUACCAUGACAACGUGUGCAUUGCUGCCAAGACUGGCUACACAGGGAAAUGUGACACCAACGACAGGUGUACAUGCUCUGAUGGCUACUGGCAGGAGGGAGAGAUCUGCACAAAUGGAGUCCUGGCAGUCAUGAGCUCUACCUUCACAAUGGCAGCCAUCUUACUUCUGACAAAGCUCAUCUAGAAGGAAAGCCAAGCUUAGUGUCCAUCUUUUAUUUUAACAUCAUCAGAGACAUGCACAGUUAUGUAAUUAAAUACCAAUUUAGCUUAUUGUAUCUUAAACUAGUGUAAACAUUGAAGCUGUUAUUGUAGUGGUUAGGAUUUUAAAAGUAUUGAGGAUAGAUGUGUUAUACCAAAACUGAAUAGCUUACUCUUGAAAUACAGCUUAAUUCGAUUAUUCGGGAGGCAAUUGUUUUGGUCCUAAUAACCGGCUUGUCUGAUUAGCAGGAUUUAACUGUAGAAUAAGAUUAUUGUUUCGGUGUUUUAAAAAUUGUUCUGAUUAAGCGGCGGCAGGUUCGAUUAACCGAUGGCCAAGUUUAUCGACAGGUGUGACUUUAUUUCUUAUCUAGGUAUUUGUUGAAAAAACAAAAGAAAAAAAAAUAAUUUUGAUAAAGUAAUCUAAGUAGUUAUUUGUUGAUCGAGGUUUAAAUAUAGAUAUAAAUAUAGAUAUAAAAACAAAGACUUAGAUCCUCCCGCACCAUUCGAAGCUUUGGGCUGCACGUGGGGGCACCCAUUACAUAUUAAGCCAAUGCUAUGUUAACUUGCUAUUUAUGUUGUUAUGUAAAUUAGUGACCAUGUUACAUGUAUGCCACCCAUCAGACUUAUAUAUUUAUAAAGUACAUUAUCUCAUGUCAUGAUGUCGAAUGUCAAAAAGAGGCCAAGCUCCC